AUGGCCAGGUAUACCAGUCUCAACGACUCGGUCUGGAAGGAGCGAGCAUCUUCAGAACACGAAGAUGCUGAUGAAGAAGGACUCCUCGAGAAUAAUGGUGUUCCGUCGAGGCACUCAAGAAAAUCCUGGUUCAGCCAUCACAGGCGGACAAUUCUCAUCCACCUCGCCUUUCUGUGCGCCAAUGCGUUUGUACUCAUGGCGUACGCAUCUGGAUGGCUGUCCCUGAGAUAUCUUCCCGAUCCUCACUACUUGACUCCGUUCAGAAACGUGAUAUCCUACGAGCAGCGCGAGUUUGAGCUGCUCGCCAUCUACCUCAGCAACGGCACGCUCAACCCCCACAAGUCAAACGCGUUCAGCGGCCCGCCACGCAAGGAGCUGGAAAAUGAGUGGGAUCAUCUCAUGAAACAUGAAAGCGUUCGUGUCCAGAAGAGCGAGCUGGGCCCGUUUGAGGACGACGACAGCGUCGUCGAGCUGGCUGAUGGGAGCGGCUACUAUACCACGGUGGCGGCUUUCCACGGCCUGCAUUGCGUCCAGAGAUUACACCACUACCUCUACCUUGAUCAUUACUAUCCAGAUCUCUCUGAGAAGGAAGUGUUCCUUCUGAAGCGGCACACGGAACACUGCCUUGACUGGCUCCGGCAAUACGUUCAGUGCAACGCUGACACGACUCUCAUCCCAAUCCACUGGUCUACAGAUUCGCCAGGGCCGGUGGCUCAGGACUCUGGCAAACACCAGUGCGUUGUUUGGGAGGGCGUAUACAACUGGAUGGCAGAGCGCUCCUUCAGUCCGUUUGAGCCGGGCGUGCUGGUUCACCCGAUCUUCGGUGAUCCGUAUGCCAACGACAACUCGACGGGUCACGGGAAGAACCUAGGAGCCACACCACUUGGGAAGGGCGGAUUGUUGCACGGCGGGCAUGGGCACCACGGAUAG